GUUCGAGUGGAAGGCUUCAACUACGUUGGCAUGGGCAAUUCCACUAACAAGAAAGAUGCCCAGAGCAAUGCUGCUCGAGACUUUAUCAAUUACUUGAUCCGGGUGAAUGAAAUGAAGAGAGACGAAGUUCCUGCUUUUGGACCAGCAGCUGGUGAUACUCCUGAUAGACAUGAAGCAGCUAGAGAUGUGACUGGUUCCAGUUCUACUUUGGGUGGACCUCUUCCUCCACACUUGAUUAUAGAGGCUCAAACAGGCAAUGGCCCAGGUGCAGCACCUGCAGACUGUGGCAAUCGUGGAGCUCAGUGGGAUCGGGGUGCAAAUUUGAAAGAUUACUAUUCCAAAAGAGAGGAGCAAGGAGUGCAGGCAACCUCAGAGUCAGAAGUGGACUUAAAUGCUGAUCUUCAUGGGAAUUGGACCUUGGAAAAUGCCAAGGCACGUCUGAACCAGUUUUUCCAAAAGGAGAAGAUUCAAGAAGAAUAUAAAUACACUGAAAUGGGGCCUGAUCACAACAGGAGUUUUAUUGCAGAAAUGAACAUCUAUGUGAAGCAGCUGGGCAGAAGGAUUUUCAGUCGUGAGCAUGGAUCAAACAAAAAGCUGGCAGCCCAGUCCUGUGCCCUUUCCUUGGUCAGACAGCUCUACCAUCUCGGUGUCAUAGAACCUUAUUCUGGACAGACAAAGAAAAAAGGAGAAUCGGUGGAACCCUAUGAGGUGUUGCUGUCUUCUGACUUAGAAAAUCGGCUGCAAAAGACUGUACAGGAGCUGUCUCUGGAGAUUGUGCCUUUGCCUGAAGAUCCCAGUAAUCCCGUUCUCAUUAAUGUUGGAAAGUUGGCCCAUUUUGAACCAUCACAGAGACAAAAUCAUAUGGGAGUUGUUCCAUGGUCACCACCUCAUUGCAACUGGAACCCCUGGACCGGCUGCAAUAUUGAUGAGGGACCUCUGGCAAAUCUCACUCCAGAGCAAAUCAGCAUGGAUUUGAAAAGUGAAUUAAUGUACCGUUUGGAGCAGGAUGAAGAAUUACAAAGGAUCCAACAAGAGAGAGAGGCCUUACCCGUGAAGAAUUUUGAAAGUGAAAUUCUGGAUGCAAUCCGUCACAAUUCUGUUGUUGUCAUUCGUGGUGCCACUGGUUGUGGCAAAACCACGCAAGUGCCACAGUACAUCCUGGAUGAGUACAUCAAAACUAACAGAGCUGCAGAGUGCAACAUAGUUGUGACACAGCCUCGGAGGAUCAGUGCAGUGUCUGUAGCAGAGCGUGUGUCGUAUGAGAGAGGAGAAGAACCUGGGCAAAGCUGCGGAUACAGCGUGCGGUUUGAAUCUGUGCUUCCUCGGCCUCAUGCCAGUGUGAUGUUCUGCACUGUAGGUGUUCUUCUGAGAAAGGUGGAGGCUGGGAUCCGUGGCAUUAGUCAUGUUAUUGUUGAUGAGAUCCAUGAGAGAGACAUUAAC